CGGGUCUGGCGGCGGCGGGAGCGGGUCGGGCGCGAGCGGCGGGCUUCCGGGCGGCAUGGCGGCGCCGGCGGCGGCCGCGGGCGGGGACGUCUCGCUGCACAACUUCAGCGCGAGGCUGUGGGAGCAGCUCGUCCACUUCCACGUCAUGCGGCUGACGGACUCGCUCUUCCUGUGGGUGGGGGCCACGCCGCAGCUGCGCAAUCUCGCCGUGGCCAUGUGCACCCGCUACGACCCCAUCCCCGUGUCCACCGCCCUCCUCGGGGAUACGUCCGACACGACGUCUACUGGCCUCGCCCAGCGCUUAGCCAGGAAGACCAGCAAGCAGGUGUUUGUCAGCUACAACCUUCCAAACACCGACAGCAGCUUCGCAUUGCUGGUCGAAAACAGGAUCAAGGAGGAAAUGGAGGCCUUUCCGGAGAAGUUCUAGCCAAGGUGGCAGCGAGGACGCGGGACUCGUGCACAGGGACGUUUGAAUAAACGGAUUGGGUCUCCUGG